UUACACCAUCCAUCAGCAACGGCAAAUGCUCAGGUUUUGGAGGGAAUUCCUAUUCUUAUUCCCCGCCAAAAAAUAGACCUAUAAAAAAAAUUCCCUCCAUUUAAUUACCUCUUUAUCUUGAUUCUCUUCGCUUCCAUCCACCGAAACACCAAUCUACCCACGAGAAGCGCCGUCGUUUAGUUCCCGCCGGUGGCAUGAAGGGGAUCUUUCAAUCUGGCCAAGAUUCUGCAACGUUGAAAAUUCUGUAAUAGCUCUUGUUUAUAGCUGGGAGCUUUUCCCUUCCUGUAUUUUGCUGACGAAGUAUUGGGGAUAUUGGGGAAGCGUCUGAAUAUGGAGGCAGAUUCUCUUAUUCAAAAUCCCAAAAAGCAGAGACUGAAUGAAGAACAAGGCAUUGAUGGGAACAACAAAUGCUUUGGUAACUUACCCGAGUUGAUUCUUCGACACAUUCUUUCCUUUCUUUCCAUAAAGACUGCUGUAAGGACAAGUGUACUUUCUAAAAGGUGGCAAUUCCUUUGGACUUCUAAUCCCUAUCUUAAUUUUGGAAAACAUAUACCUGGUAAGAGAACACUUCUGAUGAAUUUUGUGGAAAGAGUGCUUUAUCUUCGGGACUCCUCUGAUAUAAAAGAAUUCGUUCUCGAUUUUGAUGUGGAAAGUGAUGCAUGUCGUGUCAAAUCAUGGAUCACUGCUGCAGUAAGGCGUAAUGUUCAAACUUUGAGUAUCUGCCUUUGGGGCUCGAGAGGACAAUUUUCAUUGCCUCGAUGUGUGUUUACUUGUGAGACACUGACAAGCUUUUACCUUGAUAUGCGGUGUAUCCUCAAGGUUCCUCCUAUAAUCUGUUUCUCAAAUCUAAAGGUAUUGAUUAUUGAAAAUGUUGCAUUUUCCGAUGAUUACACAACCCAGCAGCUUCUUUCUGGUUUGCCAGUCCUUGAGACAUUGUAUUUUGAAAACUGUACAUGGGGGUGUCACAAAGUUCUGAGUAUUUCUGCCCCCAAGCUUCAUUUUCUAACCAUAGUCGAAGAUGAUGAUAUGCAGAAUCCGAGUGGUUGUAAGUUUAUGAUUUUUGGACCUAGUCUCAAAUAUUUUGCUUAUGGUGGCAAAUUCCUCAAUGAAUAUUGUUUAUAUGACUCAUUAUCACUAGAAUGCCUAGAUUUUGAUGUCGAUUGCUAUGAUGAGUGGGCAAGUGAUGGGUGGGCAAGACAAGUUGCUUACCGCAUGUUUAAGGUGCUUAUAGCGACCCCUAAUGUUCAAGACGUAAGACUUUACGGUAAUGCAUGUGAGGUUUUAGCAUAUGCAGCAGAACUCCUACCUAAGAUGCCUAUCUUCAAUAAUCUGUCGUAUUUGAAACUGGGGUCAUUAAAACUUCAAUGUGCUGCACUAUGGAAGAUAUUGCAAAAUUCUCCCUGUCUUGAGACUCUGAAAUUUUUUCUGCAGAUCGAACCGAUUUCCGAUCGUGAGAAAGCUGAUAUAAUUUUGGAUCCAAUGCCUUCAUGUUUCUUGUCCCAUCUCAAACGCAUUAAAGUUGGUAGUUAUGAUGAAGAGAAUGACCUGUAUGUGAUAAAGAUUCUACUCAAAAAUGCAAUUGUUUUGGAUAAAAUGGUUAUAUCUUUUGAAGAGAACUUAGAGAUGCAAGAUGCUUUCUACAAACAGUUGAUGAAGCUCCCUAGAGGAUCACAGAAUUGUAAAAUCGUUUUGAAAUGAGCUUUUCUUGAACUCUUGCUCUAAAAAAACUAGCCAUUAGUUUCUGCUAUGGCUUGUUAGCAUUUUACCCUGCCUAGGCUACUUGCUGUUAUAGAAUGUUGGUUUAUGUUAUUUAUGAUAAUUAGUUUUGUAAGCUUAUGUUAA